AUGAACUCUCCUAACCCGGAGUUCCCGGGAGAGGACUUCUUCCAUCCGGGCUUCACGCCCGCCAGCUUCUCUCCCGCCAGCUUCUCUCCUAGGUCGGGGCCACCAGCAGAGGAGGCAUCAGGGAAGCAGCAGCAGCAGCAGCCGCCACAAAAACCACAGAACUCUAUACCUAGGAGACCUCUCCCAUCGCCGAGGCAUUCUUCGACGGCAGCUCCGACCGAGACGGUAAAUACGCCGGCUCUAGGCCUGGGACUGGGCUCCGGGACCGAGCCAUGGCCUAGAGAGAAGACAUCAGAAGGGCCAGGGACGCCGGCGAUAGCAGGGACCGACAGAGGAGCCGGAGCUGGGCCUUCAAUAGCCCUGAGUGGUUCCGGGAACGGGUUGGCACCAGCAAAGGUGGCCACGGAUGAGGUCUCUGCGCCCAGCUCAACUUGCGGAGAGUCUGGUUUGCCAUCCGCAAGUCCGUCCCAUCCGUCCCCGCCACCACCCUGGCCGGCGUCGCCACACGUCCAGAGGGACUAUGCCUUCUCGCAGUUGCACGGGGCCAACCAGGUCCCGCCCUCUCACCCCGUCUCUCCCAUCAGCGACUCGGAGAACUUUUCGUCUAGGGACGCUAGCAGGGCGAACUCGUUGGCAUACAGGGUCUCUCAGAGGACCAUGCCGCGCACCGUUGAUUCGAGCGGUAGCCGAAGGGACGCUCCCCUGCCGCCGCUUCCCCAAGAGUCGCGGUUAUCCCGGGGCUCGCCAGGCGAGGCUGCGCCCGUGGCCGGUGUCGUCCAGUCCCCGGCUUCGUCGCAUGGUUAUUUCGCUGGGGCAGCGCAGGGCAUCUCAUCCGACGAGCGCAGAGCCUCGUUGAAGAGGGACUGGCCUUUGGAGCAGCAUGCAGCCGCCGUCGGGGAGCCGGAUUCGCGAAACACUACGCAGAGGCAAAGUCAGACCCUGCAGCUCCCUUUUCAGCGCGAGGAUACGUCGCCGGUCCACGAGACCCCUUUGUCGCAGCGGCCGCCAUCGCCCGAGUUCUACACCCCGCUAGCAGCCAUGCCGCCGCAGGCGCGCUUCUCGGCACAACAACAGCAGCAGCCGACGCCGCCGCGACGGACCUCGCAGCAGGCCUUCUCGCCCUACCUCCCAUCUCCCCAGCAGCAACCGAGGUUCUCUCAUCAUCGCCCCCUAUCCCACCAGUCGGCCGCUUUUUCCUCCGACCGCGGCUCCGUGCAGGGGCCGCUGUCGCCAUCGCAGAGGCGAACGACGCCGCCCCAGGCGGCAGCACUUCAUCCCCUACAGCAGCACCCGCCGCCGGUGCACUGCCGCGCGUCGGUCGUGGGCGGGAGCGGCGGGACGCCCUUUAUGCAGCAGUACGAGGAGGGCAGCGUCUUCGGGCCGACGGCGGACACGUCCACCCUCAAGGAGGAGGAGGCGGAGCUGGGGCGCGGCCUGGGCGCGGCAGCGACACCAGAAGCGGCGGGGGGACGGCGGCUGUCGGCGCAGAGCCGGUCCGGGGCGGCGUCGGCGCGCAGCGUCUGGAGCGGUUACCGGGCCAGCUGGCUGCCCGAGGUGCUGUGGUGCCUCGUGGCCGUCGCGUGCCUGGGCAUCAUCGGGGUGCUGCUGAGCCGCUACGACGGCCGCGCGCUCGCGGCCUGGCCGCUGCCCGUCACGCUCAACGCCCUCGUCGCCUUCCUCGCCUCCGUCUGCCACGCCGCCCUGCUCUUCCCCGUCCUCGAGGGCCUCGGCCAGCUCAAGUGGAACUGGUUCGCGCGCCGGGACCGGUCGCUGGCCGACUUCCAGGCCUUCGAGGACGCGCGGAGGGGGCCGUUUGGGGCCGUGCGCCUAGCUUUUGUCACCAAGGGCCGAUGCCUCAGCCUCCUCGCUACCAUCAUCAUGCUUACGAGCGUGGUGACUUCGCCACUAACCCAAAUGAUAAUCGAAUAUCCAACUCGCUUGACCACUGUUGCCAGCCAGGCCAGCGAAGCGCAGGGCGUGAGCUAUCCUUUCACGGAUACUGCUGCCGUUACUGGCUCUACCGCGGACCUGGACAUUCGGCAGAAGCAGAGCAUACAGCUCGGCAUCUACAGCCCCGUCGACUUGGACGUGACGCCGCUCCCGCCCAUCUGUGGCCCCAAGGGGUGUCAGUCCCAGACCUUCAGCUCGCUUUCCGUCUGCUCGCGGACCGAGGACGUCACAAGCCGUCUCAGUGUGUCUGACCCCGUCAGGGCAAGCGAGCUGGACGUCAACCUCAACCUGCCGAGCGCGACCCUAGUCCGCAAUGCAAGCCUCCCCAACGGCGUGUAUUUGGUGGGAUCUGCCGAUACGUACAACCUGAACAUGUCGACGCCGGCUUCGGCGCGCGCAGGCAGCAGCCCGCAGCCGUUGGCCGGCUCACUUUCCUUUGCGAACCAGUCCGACCUGGCGGCAGCGGCGAUAUCCAACUUCUUCGUCAUCUACACCAACAGCACGCGGCAACCGUCCCCCAAGGUGACUCCUAGCAACAACAGAGACGGCGACGACGACGAUGACGACGACGACGACAAGCGCCAUGAGGACCCCGUGUCUUUCCGGGCCGUCGAGGUCCUCCUCCACUUCUGCGUCGGCACGUACGAGGCGACGGCGGCGGGCAAGACGGUGCGCAAGUCGACGACGAUCGACCUGCUACUGCCCCCGGCGCCGCGAGGCCAGCCGAAAUCCUUGGUCGUGUUUGCCGCGCAGGCGGGCCGCAACUACAGCGUCGACCCGGAGGCGGUGCGCCCGCUGUCGGGCUACAUGACCUCGGCCUUUGCGGGCGCUUACUCGGCAGGCAUGGGCCCUGCCGGCGCCGCCGUCGUCGGCUACACGGGCACGAGCGACGCCUUCGGGUCCGCCAUGUUUGGCGCGGCGCGGGGGCGGGGGCAGGUUCUCGAGAAGGGCAGGUCGGCCGACGAGGCUAUGCGGCAGGCGGUCGCGAAUAUCACAGGCAACGUUGCUAUGAGCCUGACCAACACAGGGAACCAAGCUUGA